AUGCAUCACCUCAGCCUCUUAGUAUCACUAUGUCUCACGAUCGCAAGCCCACUAGCAUGGGCCGCCCCAGCAACAGAGCACGCGGGCCAACUGUCUCUAUCUCAAGUAUACGACACAACCGACAAACUCCCCCUCCCUAAUGAAGGCAACCUCCAAGUCCAUGACCCAAACAUCAUCCUCCACGAUGAUCACUACUACCUCUUCAAAGGCGGCAUCAACAUCCCAAUCUUCAAAUCCGCCAACAUGUCCGGACCGUGGGAAAACAUCGGCACCGUCCUAGAUGGCGACAGCAUAAUCGACAAGGGCAACCGGUCCCGCCCCUGGGCGCCAACGACCAUCGAAAAAGACGGCAAGUUCUACUGCUACUACACGCUCAGCCGGGCCGGGUCGCAGAACAGCGCCAUCGGCGUUGCGACAACGACCAAGCUGGACGGCAGUGCAUGGACCGACCACGGCCUCUUGAUCAACACGGGCAAGGGCCCCGGGUCCGACGUGUAUCCGUACACGAUCACGAAUGCAAUCGAUGCGUCGUUCAUCAUGGACCAGGACUCUGGCCAGGCGUAUCUCAACUACGGCAGUUUCUGGCAUGAUAUUUGGCAAGUGCCGUUGUCGGAUGAUCUGCUGUCGGUCAAGGAUGCCCAUAAGCCCGAUGCAGUGCAGUUGACGUAUCUUCCGCGGCUGAAGAUCAAGCCCGAGGAGGGCUCUUGGAUGAGCUACCGCGGUGGAUGGUACUAUACUUGGUUCAGUCGUGGGAAGUGUUGCCAUUUCGAUGGCAAGUUCCCGGGGCGUGGAGAUGAGUAUAGUAUUCGCGUUGGGAGGUCGCGGAAUGUUCGUGGUCCGUUCAAGGAUCGCGGUGGCACGCUUUUGACUGAGGGUGGUGGGGAGGUCGUCUAUGGAUCGAACCAUGGAGUUGUUUAUGCUCCUGGUGGUCUGGGUGUGCUUCCUGCUAGCAAUACGUCUACGCCGGAUAUUCUUUACUAUCAUUAUUUGGAUACCAAGAUUGGGUUCAAGGACAAUCAAGCUCGUUUGGGCUGGAAUUACUUAAAGUAUGAUGAUGGCUGGCCGGUCCCUAUCGAGGGCCAGGAUGAGGUGGCUAGCAAAGAGGCCGCGGAAAAUAGUGCUGGGUCCGUUCAUGGGGUUUAUGGCUGGAGCCAUCUCUCCAUGGGUGCGGGUAAGUAG